UUUCCAGCAAGCGCUCCCCGGCCGCGGCGGUGGCAGAGUCCGGCUGGAUGGAUCGUCAGCACCAUGGCGAUUGAUGGUGGAGAACGAACUUGUGGUGUCCAUGAACUUAUAUGUAUCCGCAAAGUAUCUCCUGAGGCGGUUGGCUUCCUCUCUGCUGUCGGGGUGAUUAUUAUACUCAUGAUCCUACUUUUUCUAUAUAUCAACAAAAGACUGUGCUUUGAGAAUAUAGGAGAAUUUCCAUGCCUUGAUGCAGACUACAGGGCCAACAAAGAUCUACCAGACAACACCCAUAAUAACUAUGGUGAUGGAGAGCACCAUGGUUCCUCAUCAGACAGUGAAGAUGAGGUGCUUGGCAAAUACCACGAGGCUUUGUCCAAAAUACAGAUUGUCUCUGGUGCAGCAUCAGACAGCAGACACCAUCACAAAGGUUAUAUGUGGGAAUCCAGACUCAAGUAUAGUCCCCUGUCAGCUGAAUAUGAUGGCUACAGCAGUGAGGCAUCUGCAGAUGAAGAGCACUGUAUUCAGAGGAUGAGGAGGACACCUCCACUUGAUGAACUUCAGCCUCCUCCUUAUCAGGAUGACAAUGGAUCACCACAUCUCUCGUACACACCAUCAGAACUUGAUGACAAGUGUGAAUUGUCUCAUUCCAGUGCAGAUUGUAAUAGUCCACGCUGUUCAUACAGUAAGUGCCCUAGCGAGGGAAGUGUAGGCCACGAGACAGAGAGCUACCAUCAAAAAGGAUAUGAAGAGGAUGUUCCCAGCGACAGCACUGCCAUUCUCAGUCCAGAGGACAUGUCAGCUAGAGGAUCUUCUGCACAGCUACCAAAAGCUUAUGAUCCAGAACCUGUGUCGAAGUAUGGUACAUUGGAUGUCAUUUUUGAUUAUGAUUCACAAGCACAGAAACUGAUGGUAACAGUAACAGCUGUUACAGACAUUCCAACAUAUAAUCGAACUGGCAACAACUCGUGGCAAGUACAUCUUGUGCUUCUUCCCACAAAGAAACAAAGGUCAAAAACAAGUGUCCAACGAGGGUCAUGCCCUGUCUUCACAGAGGACUUUAAGUUUAAUCGGAUUGAGUCUGAGAUGAUUGGUAAUUAUGCUGUGCGAUUUAGACUCUACAGUAUACGUCGCAUGAAAAAAGAGAGGAUUGUUGGUGAAAAGGUAUUUUAUCUCACCAAGCUGAAUCUUCAAGGCAAGAUGUCAGUUCCAAUUGUGUUGGAGCCAUGUGGCAGUCUCACUGGCUGUGACUCCCAAAUGAGUAUGUCUGAGAUGUCCUGUAGUGAAAGCACUUCUUCCUGCCAGUCUCUGGCACAUGGCUCAACACCAGAAAUUCUAGUUGGUCUGCUGUAUAAUGCCACCACUGGCAGACUGUCAGUUGAAGUCAUAAAAGGAAGCCACUUCAAAAACUUGGCAGUGAAUAGACCACCUAAUGGACUGUUCUGUUGUCUAAAACACUUGAUAGGUGGUCAGGUUUAUAUAAUCCGAGACACAUAUGUCAAGUUAACAUUGCUGAAUUCUAUGGGUCAGGAGAUGUCCAAAUGUAAGACGUCAAUCCGCCGAGGCCAACCAAAUCCUGUGUACAAAGAAACAUUCAUUUUUCAGGUAGCACUAUUUCAGCUUUCCGAUGUGACGCUCAUACUGUCUGUGUAUAACAAACGGAGCAUGAAACGUAAGGAAAUGAUUGGCUGGAUUUCAUUAGGCCUCAACAGCUCAGGUGAGGAAGAGCUGAACCAUUGGACUGAAAUGAAGGAAUCAAAAGGACAGCAAGUUUGUCGGUGGCAUUCAUUAUUGGAAUCGUAACAAAUGUGCUGUGGACUGCAGUGGGCUUUGGCUCAGGGGUUCAACACAAUUCCUUUCAGACUUUUUCUUAACCAAACGAAUGGUUGCAGAAUACGACAGUUGCCUCAUUGUUGGCUCAGCUCAAGAUAAUGCUGGAAAAGAAAUAAAUUUAAGGAAAAUGUGAGGGAACACAAUUUCCUGUAUAAUGUGUACUGUUUACUAUCAAUGCAACAGAUAGGAUGAGGCACAAAAGUUUAUAGAAAACUAGAGAAAAUUUAUAGUGUUUGAAAGCCCAAAGAACAUGACCUUGUGUAUUCCAGUCAUUAGUUGAGGUUAUGGUGACAAAUAGCAGCCAUAUGUUGCAACAAAGAUGAGUAGAAAUUCAUCCUUGGUUUGUAGUGUGAACUGCACAAUAUAAUAAUAUCAUUGCAUUGUACUCUGGCUCAAAAGUCUAUUCCCAUAACUUCAAUGAAGUGAAUUUUGGAGACAAAGCAUAAUUUUCUGAUGUAAUUAUGUAGCAUGUUUAGCUCUACUGACUGGGGAUGAAUUUCUAGCCCAGGAUAUUUGCAUGG